AUGGCAUCCCUCACCGAGCUAUUCCAGUUUCUCGACCAGCCGAAUCCGUCGGUCCGACACCUGGCUUUACAGAACCUCGUCGGACAUACGCCCAAAGCUUCGGCUGAAAGACACAUCUUCAUCCCUUCUUCGUUCGCUGGAACAGGAGCAAGUGCCAGUAAUGGUGGUGGAUUACUACCCAACAAGAGAAAAGAAGGUCAAGAGAGUGAUGAAGUCAAAAUCAAAGCUUUGAAGGACCUGGCGAAUCUAUGUAAAGAUCAAGCUGCUAUCGCUCAUGAUGCUCUAUCUGCUUUGAUCAACCUAUCUGAUACACUCGCUGUUGCCAGACAUCUGGUAGACAAGGAAUUUCUGGUCUGGCUCGUAUCCUACACAGCUAAUACGACAUCUCCCCUAUCUCCCUUAACAUCCAUGCUCUUAUCCAAUCUUACUUCUCAUCCGUCUCUGAUAACAUCUCUAACCAACCUUACCAUCCCCCUGGUCCCAUUACCCAAAUCAAAACAUUAUCCUCCAUACUUCCUUCCCGCAUCAGCCUCAUCUUCAUCAACCACUCAUCCAGAUUAUCGAGAUCCGUCCAUCCUACCUCCGAACCAAGAAGUCGAGCAGGGUGACGAAAUCGAGAUCGACGCUGUAAGGGCUUUAGUCCAGGCGUUUGAAGAUGGUGCAAGUGAAGGUGUGAAAGAGGGUAAAAGUGGAAGCAAGCGUAAAGGAGAAUGCCAUUUCUUAGCAUCGGUUUUCGCAAAUAUAUCAAUGGCACCUUCGACUCGACCAUUACUUCUUACUCCACGACCACCUUUCCCACGACCUUCAUCUGCUGAACCCUCGGAAGAGGAUGAACCGCUGUUAUCGAAGAUUGUAGUGUAUACUGAACAUCCAGAUACGAUCAGACGAGGUGGUGCGUUGGGAUGUAUAAAGAACUGUGCGAUGGAUAGAGGUAGUAUGGGAUGGCUAUUGGCUUCUGAGCAUGAUCGUGUUAAACUUCCUUCAGAUCCUACGAGAAAAGUAAAAGGUGUAGAUGUACUGCCAUACGUCCUUGCACCUCUGAUGGGUCCAGAGGAAUAUGAUAUCGACGAAAUGGAAACCUUGCCACCAACAUUACAAUUCUUACCACCCGAGAAAGAGAGGGAGAAAGAUACCGUAUUGAGGAUGAUGUGUAUUGAAAUCCUCCUUUUGUUAUCGACGACAUUCACCGGUCGGGAAGCCCUACGGACUAGGGGGGCUUACUAUGUGAUUAGGGAGUUGCAUAAAGUGGAAAAAGAUCAGCAGAUCGUCGAUUCAAUCGAACGUUUGGUGAAUCUUCUUCAGAGGGAUGAAGGAAAUGAUACGAAAGAUGAUCACGUACAGGAAUUGGUCAAAGGUCAAAAAGUGGAAGUAGCUCAGGAUGAUGAGUUAGAUGUAGUGGAGGUAUAA